AUGAGCUCGAAAAAUAUGACGCCGCGCAGACAGAUGGCUGUGAACGCUGCAAUAGACAAGGAUUGUCCGGUUUGCCACUGUGAGAUGGUGCUUCCGACAGCAAUUCCGGCGUGUGGCCACAAAUUCUGCUUCCUCUGCCUUAAAGGUGUGAGCAUGGCUCACUUGGGAGGGUGUCCGAUUUGUCGCGGGCCAAUCGAUGAGAAGAUUUUCAAAAAACCAAAGCAAAAUCUCAAUCUCAAAAUGGAUAUGCCUGAUUCACCAGCUCCAUCGACAAGUAAUUCAGCUGAGAAAGAAGUGAAAGAAGAGCCAGUUGACGAGGAUGUCAAGCCUGAUGUGAAUGCGCUGAAUGCCGCUCUUAACACCGCGUCUACUAAAAUGUACUGGCUGUAUCACGGACGAAAUCGCGGAUGGUGGCGAUUCGAUCCACGUGUCGAGAAAGACAUUGAGGAAGCAUACAACCACAGAACGCCAAUCACUGAAGUCACAAUUUGCGGACAGGCGUACGUCAUCGACAUUGCUAAAAUGACACAAUAUCCGAAGAAUAAUAAGGGUGCGGCUCGAGAUGUAAAACGCGUUGACAGCAACGAAUUCGACACACUCGACGUUAAGGGACUGGCUGGAGUUUUCGCUGCUUCUGGCGGUGCCGGAUCAUCAUCCACCUAA